CUCGAGUGCUACGCCCCCUCCUUCCCAGACAGCAGUCGGAUCCGGACCGGCAGACAGUUCUGCUCUCCAGUGCUUUCAGCGCUCCUGGCUGCCUGCUUCGGCUGCUGAAGGGGCUGCCGUCUUCUAUAAGGAAAAGAAAGGGACCUCAAACCUUUCAGAUCACGUUUCCUCUCCUAGGAAGCUAUUGAGCACAGGCAUAAAGAUGGCUGCAGAACAAGUAGAAGAUUAUUGCAUCAGCUUUGUGGAAAUGAAAUUUAUUAACAAUACACUUUAUUUUGUAGCUGAAAAUGAUGACCUGGAAUCAGAUCACUUUGGCAAGCUUGAACCUAAGCUCUCAAUCAUACGAAAUUUGAACGACCAAGUUCUCUUCAUUAACCAGGGAAAUCAACCUGUCUUUGAGGAUAUGCCUGAUUCUGACUGUUCAGAUAAUGCACCCCAGACCAUAUUUAUCAUAUAUAUGUAUAAGGACAGCCUCACUAGAGGUCUGGCCGUAACCAUCUCUGUGCAGUGUAAGAAAAUGUCUACUCUCUCCUGUGAGAACAAAAUUGUUUCCUUUAAGGAAAUGAAUCCUCCUGAUAACAUUGAUAAUGAAGGAAGUGACAUCAUAUUCUUUCAAAGAAGUGUUCCAGGACAUGAUGAUAAGAUACAAUUUGAGUCUUCAUUGUACAAAGGGUACUUUCUAGCUUGUAAAAAAGAGAAUGACCUUUUCAAACUCAUUUUGAAAAAACAGGAUGAUAAUGGAGAUAAAUCUGUAAUGUUCACUGUUCAAAACCAGAACUAGAUAUUAAAAUGACAUAGUUUGAACUGUC